CGCGGGGAUUGGGUGCGGGGCGGGGCUGCGGAGGGAUUGCGGCGGCCGGCAGCCGGGAUAACCUUGAGGCCGCGGCCGCGGGUCCUUGCACAGCAGCGAGGCGUCGGAAUCCUACGGUUCUACUUGUGCAACGCAGCCAGAGCCGGAGCACGCCGGAGGAACUCAGGAGCCAUGCCGAAGCCACAUAGUGAAGCGGGGACUGCCUUCAUUCAGACCCAGCAGCUGCAUGCAGCCAUGGCUGACACAUUCCUGGAGCACAUGUGCCGCCUGGACAUUGACUCUGCACCUAUCACGGCCCGUAACACUGGCAUCAUCUGUACCAUUGGUCCUGCUUCCCGUUCUGUGGAGAUGCUGAAGGAGAUGAUUAAGUCUGGAAUGAAUGUGGCUCGUCUGAACUUCUCUCAUGGAACUCAUGAGUACCAUGCGGAGACCAUCAAGAAUGUGCGCACAGCCACAGAAAGCUUCUCAUCUGACCCCAUUCUCUACCGGCCAGUUGCUGUGGCUCUGGACACUAAGGGACCUGAGAUCCGGACUGGGCUUAUCAAGGGCAGCGGCACCGCCGAGGUGGAGCUGAAGAAGGGAGCCACUCUGAAGAUCACAUUGGAUAACGCCUAUAUGGAAAAGUGUGACGAGAACACCCUGUGGCUAGACUAUAAGAACAUUUGUAAGGUGGUGGAAGUGGGCAGCAAGAUCUACGUGGAUGACGGGCUGAUUUCGCUGCAGGUGAAGGAGAAAGGUGCUGACUUCCUGGUGACUGAGGUGGAAAAUGGUGGCUCCUUGGGCAGCAAGAAGGGAGUGAACCUUCCAGGAGCUGCUGUGGACCUCCCUGCUGUAUCAGAAAAGGACAUCCAGGACCUGAAGUUUGGAGUGGAGCAAGAUGUAGACAUGGUAUUUGCAUCUUUUAUCCGCAAGGCGGCUGAUGUACAUGAAGUUAGGAAGAUCCUGGGAGAGAAAGGGAAGAACAUCAAGAUUAUCAGCAAAAUCGAGAAUCAUGAAGGAGUUCGCAGGUUUGACGAGAUCUUGGAGGCCAGUGAUGGGAUCAUGGUGGCCCGCGGUGAUUUAGGCAUUGAGAUUCCUGCAGAAAAGGUCUUCCUUGCUCAGAAGAUGAUGAUUGGGCGAUGCAACCGAGCUGGGAAGCCUGUCAUUUGUGCCACACAGAUGCUGGAGAGCAUGAUCAAGAAGCCCCGCCCCACCCGGGCUGAGGGCAGUGAUGUGGCCAAUGCAGUCCUGGAUGGAGCUGACUGCAUCAUGCUGUCCGGCGAAACAGCCAAAGGGGACUAUCCUUUGGAGGCUGUUCGCAUGCAGCACCUGAUUGCCCGUGAGGCAGAGGCUGCCAUCUACCACUUGCAAUUAUUUGAAGAACUCCGCCGCCUGGCGCCCAUUACCAGCGACCCCACAGAAGCUGCCGCCGUGGGUGCUGUGGAGGCCUCCUUCAAGUGCUGCAGUGGGGCCAUUAUCGUGCUCACCAAGUCUGGCAGGAGUGCUCACCAGGUGGCUAGAUACCGCCCACGUGCUCCCAUCAUUGCUGUGACACGUAAUCCCCAGACAGCUCGCCAGGCCCAUCUGUACCGUGGCAUCUUCCCUGUGCUGUGUAAGGAUGCAGUCCAGGAGGCCUGGGCUGAGGAUGUAGACCUGCGGGUGAACUUGGCCAUGAAUGUUGGCAAGGCCCGAGGCUUUUUCAAGAAGGGAGAUGUUGUCAUUGUGCUGACUGGGUGGCGCCCUGGCUCUGGCUUCACCAACACCAUGCGUGUAGUGCCUGUGCCGUGAUGGUCCACUGGAGCCCCUUUUCCAGCCCCUGUCCUAUCCCCAUCCCCCAACCCAUCCAUUAGGCCAGCAUUGCUUGUAGUGCUCACUCUGGGCUGUAGUGUGGCACUGGUGGGCUGGGACACCAAGGAAAGUUAAUGCCUCUGUGAAACAUGACACAGAGUCCAGCUGACCAUUGUGUGGCCCUGUCCAAGUCAGGGAUGAGGAGGAAUGCAGAAUUGGAGGCCCUCUGAGGUUAUCACAAGAGGGCAGCAAAGUCUCUGUGUACUUUGUUCCUGUAUAAAGUGUUGUCCAGAAGACUCCCAGCCGUGGCCUAGCCAGCCGUGGCCUAGAGUCAGGAGACAGCAGCCAGCAAGGGUAAGGGGCCUAAGGCACAGGGCCAAGGUUCCAGUGUAGAUUGCCUUUGGCCCUGGUCCAUACCUGCUUCUCCAACAGCCUCAGCCUCCCCCAUUCCUCCUUGUGCUCUGUGCUCUUCUUUUCCUGCACUCCGCUCAGCUGGUGAUGCAGACAAACACUCCACCUGCCACCUUCCGUUUUCCAAACUACUGCAGCCAUCUCCAGGCCUGUUGCUAUAGAGCCUACCUGUGUGUCAAUAAACAACAGCUGAAGCACC